CGGCGCACAGCGUCGACUGCUGAAACCGCUGCCUCUUGGUGCUCAGAAAGGGACAGAAUUCGGGCGCGGAGACGAACUGGGACGGUCCUUCGCACGCAGUCUGCGAUUCGAUCCGAUGCAGUCGACUACCGGUAGCGCUGCGUUUGGCAGCCGGUAAUGGUCAGCCGUGGGAGGCAAGGGCUGGUCCGAGAGAGAUGGCGGCUGGGGCCUCUCUGGUUGGCGGUUCGAACCACGCCGCCCUCGUGGACUGGAUUGGGAGUGUCUCAUGUGGAGUGGGUUCCACGGACGGUUGGAUUCGCGGGAGCAGUUCCCUUGGCGCGCCUCCCACUGCUACCGGUAGCCGCGGCAGCGCGCGCAACGUACGGUGCAGAAGAGAGGUGCUGGUCGCCCGCCUGGGGACCUGGGCGGGCUCUGGCCAACUUGUAAGUGCUGACUGGGGCGUGUCAGGACAACGUGGCAGACUCGAUCUCGACCGAGGGCGCAAUCACACGCGCGCACUCCCGAAAAGACGCGCACUCACCGCGCAGCAAAACGUGGUUCUAGCCAGGGAGAGUCUUACGGCCCUGCUCCGCCUCUGCGCUGCCGUCAGUCUUUCGCCGCCAUCGCCUCUGCCUCGGCCGCCAUGCCGACGUCUUCGUUUCCGUGACCUCGCGCCUCAGCGGCCAUACCUACCUUGUUCGUUUCCCGCCGGGGAGGAGGCGACCAGGGCGCUUUGUGGCCAUGCCGAACAACUAAUAGGUGUUGUCGAGCGCGCAAGGCCGGGGUUCGAACCCUGCCGCCGUCGUCUUGCUCGUCGCCGCCCUGCUGCGGAUGCCCUCCGCCACCCUCGCUGGGCCCCAAUUAGGUACUCGAGGUUAAGAUCGGCGGUGCGGAGGAGCCAACUACGGCCGUUGACUCUCAUAUCGGGGAAGGAUCGUGUUUUUUUCCCGCCCAGAGGGUCAAGCAAAUCGGCGGGCGUUGUCCUUGCCGACACCAUGGAGCAGGGCGGCGGUCGAUGGAGCAAACAGGAUUACGAAGAGAAAGGUGUGGAUUAUGAGGAGGGUUUCUUCAAGAACUCCCGGGGCAUGUCCCUGUUGACAUCGACAUGGCUUCCGGCCGGCAAGGAGCCCAAGGCGGUUGUCUUCUUUUGCCAUGGCUAUGGUGUAGAGUGCUCCAUCUACAUGGCCGAAACUGCUUUGCGGUUUGCGAGCGCCGGGUAUGGUGUUUUCGGACUGGAUGUUGAAGGCCAUGGCCGCUCGGAGGGCCUGCGCUGUUUCAUUGCGGACGCAGACAAGAUGGUGGGAGAUUGCGUGGACUAUUUCAAGACAGUGAGGGAGCAGGCCGGGUUCAAGAAGAAGGCAAGGUUCCUCUACGGGGAAUCGAUGGGGGGAGCAACUUGUCUGCUGAUACAUCGGAAGGAGCCUGAAGUAUGGAACGGCGCCAUUCUCGUGGCGCCGAUGUGUAAGAUAUCGGAGAAGGUGAAGCCUCCCGCGAUCGUGACACGUGUCUUAACGAAGGUGGCGGCUUUUGCUCCCAGGUGGAAGAUUGUGCCGACCAAAGACAUCAUCGAUAGCGCUUACAAGGAUCCAGCCAAACGAGAGUUCGUGCGAUCCAUUCCGUACACGUAUCAGGACAGACCGCGUUUGGGAACGGCUCUGCAGUUGUUGCAAGUGAGCACGGAUCUCGAAGGCCGUCUGGAGGAGGUGACCAUCCCCUUCCUCCUGCUCCACGGUGAGGCGGAUACUGUAACCGAUCCGGCGGUGUCGCAGGCGUUGUACGAGGAGUCCAAGAGCUUCGACAAGACAUUCAAGGUGUACCCAGGCAUGUGGCAUGCACUGACAUCAGGAGAGCCAGAUGACAACGUGGAGAUCGUCUUCCGGGACAUUUUCGAGUGGUUGGAGUCUAGGUGCAUGGUUGGAAGUUUGUCCUCUCAGCAACGGCAACAGCAACAGUAGAUAGCAGCGUACAGCAGCUGUAUCCGGAACAGUGGCCACCUCGGACCCUGAGCGAGAACCGCUGUCUGCAGCGAGGAGGAUAUACGGAGAGAGAGUGAGAGAGACAGAGAGACACACAGAGAGAGAGAGAGAGAGAGAGAGAGAGAGAGAGAGAGAGAGAGAGAGAGAGAGAGAGAGAGAGAGAGAGAGAGNGACAGAGAGACACACAGAGAGAGAGAGAGAGAGAGAGAGAGAGAGAGAGAGAGAGAGAGAGAGAGAGAGAGAGAGAGAGAGAGAGAGAGAGAGAGGAGGUUCUCUGCUUUCACGAAGCGAUGGAGGCUGGAAUGACGGGAAGGGGUGUCGCAGUACCUUUGUACGUAUCCAUUUACCGAUGGUCAAUUAUUACCUGAAAUAGGAAAAUGCAUUCCUUGUUUGUCGAUUAGUCAGAAUUUGCCAUGUUCUUGCAUGCGGUAUGGAAGUGACUGAAUUUGAGGUUCUCUUUUGGCCGUUUUGUAGCGAGGUUGAAGAAGGGGAGGAAAGAGCAGACGUUACAAUUGGAUAUUAAGCUGAUGAGACUUUUCUUGAAAGUUAUGAAUAAGGGUUAUCUCGAUCCCGUGUGUUAAUUAACGGUGGAAGUCUGACGACGUGUAAUAUGUGGAGGAGAUCCGAUAGGGUGUAAUCUAACGAUGGAAAUUUGGUGGCGCGAAAUCUAAUGGCGGAUCACGUGUCAGCUGACGAUGGUUCUUGUGCACCAGGCACCAGGCAGAAGGCUUGAUUUCCAAUCGCUAUUCCCUGGCAGUGCAGGACAUUUCUAGUCCGUGGAUGUGGAUCGUGCACCUUGACGUUGGGGUUGAAUAAUUUUUCGCCUAUUGGCUGGUUGGCUGACGAUGUGGAGCGUAGUGCAUAAUAUAUUGUCACACUGGAAAUCAGAGCGCAAAAGCGGAAAAAGACAAAACAAGAAAAAGAAAAGAAGUAAGGAAGGAAAGCCCCACCUGUUCGUCACCUACCGCGGUGAUCACUGUCACAUCAACACAGAGAGAGAGAGAGAGAGAGAGAGAGAGAGAGAGAGAGAGAGAGAGAGAGAUGGAAAAGUGCUAUCACUGCGUCCUUCUGUUAUAUUUUCUUGCUUUGAUUUCGCAUAUGUAUCCUUGGUUGACAGGUGUGUGAUGAUGUGGGACAGUGCGGGACAAGU